CGCUGAUGUCUGGCGGGGGAGGAGCUGGAGGCCGGCGAGCAGCGGCUCCGCGGUCCUGGCGCUUGGAAGUCCGAGAGCUCUGCUCCUUCGGAGAGCGUGCGGGCGUCUUCCUCGGGCCAUCCACGAGCCAGCAGGAAGGGAUUUACCGGCAGAGAAAUAACAACUCCGAAGUCCCAAUGCACAGAUCAGCCCCCAGCCAAACCACCAAGAGGAGCCGAUCGCCAUUUUCCAGCACACGUCGGAUUUGGGAUGACAGUGUGAGCUCGGGGGCCAGCCUCAAUGUUGAUGAUGAGGACUAUUCCAGUACUUCCAGGUGGAGGGAUACUGCCAGUGCUGAUGAUGGCCACUCAGAAGGCCUGGCAAGAAGAGGCAGAGGUGAAAGUGCAAGUGGCUACUGUGAGCCGAAGUACCCGGAAGACAAGAGGGACGCCAGGAGCGACCAAGUGAAGCCAGAAAAGGUGCCGAGACGGAGGCGAACCAUGGCUGACUCCGACUUCUGGACCUACAGUGAUGAUUACUACAAAUACUGUGAUGAAGACUCUGACAGCGAUAAGGAGUGGACCGCUGCGCUGCGUCGUAAGUAUAGAGGUCGGGAGCAAGCUCUGUCCGCCAGUGGUGAAAAUUGGGAGACCCUGCUGGCAAAAGAAGAGCUGGAAACUGAGCAAGCCAGAGCGAAAGUCAGUGCCGGUACCAAUGCCGGUGCCACUGCCAGUGCCAGCGGCCUUGGCGACAAAGACCUGGGAGAAGCUUGCGGACCAUCUCUUCAGGAGGAAGUGCAGACGUCCCCGGCAGGAGGCGAAGCCCCUUGGCACCAGUACACUGAAAACGAGAGCAGCAGCGAGGGUGGCAAUGAUUCGGGCCAGGAGUUUCUGCAGCCUGGGGCGUUCAUGCUGGAUGGAAACAACAACCUGGAAGACGACUCCAGUGUGAGUGAAGAUCUCGAAGUGGAUUGGAGCCUCUUUGAUGGGUUCGCCGAUGGGCUCGGCGUGGCCGAAGCCAUCUCCUAUGUGGAUCCUCAGUUCCUCACGUACAUGGCACUCGAAGAACGCCUGGCCCAGGCCAUGGAGACUGCCCUUGCGCACUUGGAGUCUCUGGCCGUAGACGUGGAAGUGGCCAAUCCGCCGGCGAGCAAGGAGAGCAUCGACACUCUCCCCGAGAUCCUGGUCACCGAAGACCACAGCGCAGUGGGGCAGGAAAUGUGCUGCCCGAUCUGUUGCAGUGAAUAUGUGAAGGGGGAGGUGGCCACCGAGCUGCCCUGCCACCACUACUUCCACAAGCCAUGCGUGUCCAUCUGGCUUCAGAAGUCAGGCACCUGCCCCGUGUGCCGCUGCAUGUUCCCGCCCCCGCUGUGAGACCGAGGCGCUUUACUCUUGGUCUGAUGGUUUUCCCCAUCUGAAAUCCACUAUACUGCAGGAGCCCUCGCACAAUUAACAGUUAAAUUGAAACCAUUAAAAUGAAACCAAUCGGUCGAUUAAUCUUCACCUGUUGAUUCUUCGUGAUUUUUUUCCUCCAAUGUGAAAAUGGUCAUGUACGAUUCAUUAAAAAUCAUACUGCCUUUUAGAGGUUAGAAAGGGAACACCAGACUUUCUAAAUGCUACUUGAGAUUGCAGUAAGAACUUAAUUUUCUAACCCGAAAAUUGAAAUCAAUGGUUGUUUUCUUCAGUAGAAUAUGUUGCUGUUGAUUGUCAUGUCAAGUUAAUCUGUUAAUGAUGUCCAAGAGGCAUUGUUUUGUUGCAUGUUAUGGGUUAAUGUUCCUGUAAUUGGAGUGCCCGUAAAAGCCUAUUAAAGUUCUUCUUUUGGUUU